AUGCAGCUUCAAGACGUCAAUGAUUUUGUGUUGUGCCGAGUGUUUUCAUCCACAUUUACAGCGAUACAUGUGGAAGAACUAAAUCAUGAAAUAGUAUGCGAGGUACUAAAAAAGAGAACUCGCAAUAUCAAAUUCAUGGAUUCAUUGAUCAAGAAUCCUAUCACUACCUAUCAGCAGCUGAUAGAUAAAGCUAAAAGAUAUAUAAGACUUAAUGACUGCAUGAAUUAUCCAGUGUCCCAAGGAAGGGACGACCGAGGGAACAAGAUUAUAGCAGUAUUGGGCACCAUUAGAUACAAGAUUAGGGAAUUGUACGCUGAGUUUGCGGUGAUGGACAUUCCAUUUGACUACAAUAUAAUACUCGAUCGCCCAGUCUUAAACUGUCACAUUAUAGUUAUUAACAUGGGUGUUAUAUAUCUAAAGCUACCAGCACUAGGAGGAUUAGUUGUUAUCUUGAUUGACGCCGAAGAUACAGAAAAAUCUGCUUUCAUCACUGAUGAAGACGUUUUUUGUUAUAAGUUGCCUCCUUCGAUCACCGUUGCCGCCUUCACUGUUGCCGCCUUCGAUCACCGUUGCCGCCUUCGAUCACUGUUGCCGCCUUCGAUCACAGUUGCCGGCUUCACUGUUGCCUCCUUCACCGUUGCCGCCUUCACCGUUGCCGCCUUCACCGACUGUCAAUUGCUAUUGCCAAGGUAUAAUAGGUACAAUAUGCAUUCUGAUAGAGGUUGGAUGUAUGCAAGACUAAAAGAUGGUCUACUAAAUCCUUUAUUCCUUGAAGGAUUAAAUGAAUUCAUAUCAGCUGCCAAACAGUUUCCAGACUGUUUGAAUGGAGAACUUAUUAGGUGUCCAUGUAAUCGAUUUAAGUGCCAAAAUCGCAGUUUUGAAGAUGAGAGUACAGUUAGGUUUCAUCUGAUGAAAUAUGGGUUUGUUAGGGACUAUUAUGUAUGGUAUUUGCAUGGAGAAAUGCAAACCUACAAUGAGGUCCACGGGAGAAGUAAUGAUUCGACUUACAACACUUGCAAUGUGGAAUAUCAACAUACUGAGUUCUCUAAUGCUUAUGAACAACUAGUUGUAGAUGCAGCAGGACCGAGUUUCUCCCCAUCAAUUAGUAAUGAGCCUCCAAAUCAAUCUACUCAGAGAUUGUAUGACAUGUUGGCCGCUGUUAAUCAGGAAUUGUGGCCAGGUUAUGAAAAUCAUUCACAACUGUCAGCUGUGGCAAGGAUAUUGAAUAUCAAAUCUGAACAUCAUUUGUCCGAACGUUGUUUUGACAAUAUUUGCCAAUUCAUCAAAGAAAUUUUACCUACUGAUAAUUUGUUUACUGAUAAUUUCUACUCUACAAAAAAAUUGCUUGAAGGCUUGGGAUUACCAAUUCAGAAGAUUCAUACUUGCUUAAAUGGUUGUAUGAUUUAUUGGGGUGAGGAUAAUGAAUUGCUCAGGUGCAAGGUGUGUGAUCAUCCGAGGUACAAACGAUUGCAAGUUAGCCAGAGCUCUAGUAAAACCCAAGUUGCUUAUAGUAAAAUGUAUUACAUGCCAAUCACACCUAGACUACAAAGGUUGUACGCAUCUAAUGCUACAGCUAAGGAUAUGACUUGGCAUGCCAAUCAUGGGACUAAUGAUGAUUUAAUGCAUCAUCCAGCUGAUUCGCAUGCAUGGAAAGCUUUUGAUAAUAAUUGGCCUCAUUUCAGUGCUGAGAAACGUAAUGUCCGUCUUGGACUGUGUACCGAUGGUUUUCAACCCUUUGGACAAUCUGGUCAGCAAUAUUCAUCAUGGCCUGUCAUAUUGACACCUUACAAUUUACCCCCAUGGUUAUGCAUGAAAGGUGAGUAUAUGUUUCUCACUAUACUUGUCCCAGGGCCUAGAAAUCCAAAAGAUAAGUUGGAUGUGUAUUUGCAACCCCUAGUAACUGAGUUGAAAGAUUUAUGGGAGAAUGGAGUUGAAACAUAUGAUGCAUUCAAUAAAGAAAAUUUCAACUUGCGAGCUGCUUUAAUGUGGACUAUAAGUGAUUUUCCUGCUUAUGCAAUGUUAUCUGGAUGGAGCACUGCAGGACAGACUGCUUGUCCUUAUUGCAUGGAAGAUAGUGAUGCAUUCACAUUGACAAGAGGAGGUAAGCAAUCAUGGUUUGAUAAUCAUCGCAAAUUUUUACCUCCUAGCCAUUCUUUUAGAAGAAACAAAACAGCUUUUAGGAAGAAUGUAUCUGUUACUAAGAAAGCUAAACCACCUAUUUCCGGUGAAGAAAUACUGAAACAGAUUGAUGAAUUGGGGUUUAAGAGGGUUAUAGAUGAGGAUGCAUUUGAAAUAAAUUCCCGUCUAUCAAAGCAAUGCGGUUGGCGAAAAAGAAGCAUCUUGUGGGAUUUACCGUAUUGGAAAACAAAUUUGAUUCGACACAAUCUUGAUGUAAUGCACAUUGAGAAAAAUUUUUUUGAAAAUAUAAUCAACACUGUAAUGAGUGUUGAGGGAAAGACAAAGGAUAAUGCCAAGUCAAGGGCAGACCUAAAUGUGAUCUGUGAUCGGCCAGAGUUGGAAAUGGAUCAAGUCACUGGGAGAUAUCCCAAAACUUGUUAUACUCUAGAUAAGCAAAGUAAGCAAGUAUUAUGUGGGUUGAAAAAUCUCAAGUUUCCCGAUGGAUAUGUUUCCAAUAUGGGGCGAUGUAUUGAUAUGAAGAAGCUGAAGAUGUUUGGUAUGAAGAGUCAUGAUUGUCAUGUCUUCAUGCAGCGGAUUAUGCCAAUUGCAUUUCGUGAGUUGCUUCCGUCAAAUGUGUGGCAACCCUUAACAGAGUUGAGUAAUUUUUUUAAGGAGUUAACAUCUACCACUAUAAGUGAGAGUGAUAUGUUGCGGUUGCAUGGUGAAAUUCCUUUAAUCAUAUGCAAGCUUGAGCGUGUUUUCCCUCCAAGCUUCUUUGAUUGUAUGGAACACCUCCCUGUCCAUCUAGCAUAUGAAGCAUGGCUGGCAGGUCCAGUGCAAUAUCGAUGGAUGUAUCCUUUUGAACGAUAUCUGCGACGGCUUAAGAAUAAUGUCAGAAAUAAAGCUAGAGUCGAGGGAUCAAUAUGUAAUGCGUACCUAGUAGAAGAAGCAACUUCAUUUUGUGCACAUUACUUUGAAUCGUAUGUCCAAACUAGACAUCGAAAAGUGCCAAGGAAUGUUGAUAUUUCAGAAAGUACUGAAAAUUAUGAAGGCAAUCUAUCAAUCUUCAUGCAGUCCGGUCGACCAAUAGAAAAAGGGACAACCAGAUAUCUUAUGGAGGAUGAGUAUAAAGCAGCACAAGUGUACAUAUUAUUAAAUUGUCCAGAAGUGAAACCCUAUAUUGACAUUUACAUUGAUCAAUUGCGCUCAAAUGAUCCGUUGGUCAAUGAUUCUCAGAUUGACAUCAAAUUGGAGAGUGAAUUCUCUAUAUGGUUCAACAAUUUUGCUCAUGAUUCGUGCAAUAACAUAUCCAAUAAGUUUAUCAUAUCGCUUGCAAUGGGUCCAUUACGAAGUGUGACAUCAUACAAUGGAUAUAUGGUGAAUGGAUAUAAGUUUCAAUCGAAGUCAUACUGUGCAAGUAGAGCAACAAUGAAUAGUGGGGUGUGUAUUAAGGGGUCAAAUUACAGCAGCGAAGAAAGCGAUUACUAUGGACAAUUGCUUGAAGUUAUACGUUUGGAGUAUCCAGGUCUUCCAAUCAAGCGAGUUGUACUUUUCAAAUGCAAUUGGUUUGACCCCACUCCAAAUGUAGACACAAAGAUCCAUAGUAAAUAUAAACUUGUCGAUGUGAAUCAUAAACGAUCUUUUAAUAGAUAUGAGCCUUUUGUGCUGGGAGUACAAGAAAUGCAAGUGAUAUAUACUCCGUAUCCUAGCCUAAAGCGAGAUAAAAUUGAAUGGUGGGCUGCUAUAAAAGUCAAAGCACGUUCUGUAAUUCAACUUCCAACACAAGAAAAUACACAACCUGCUGAUGAACCAUUUCAACAAGAGGAAAUGGAACACACUGCCAUAAUUAGAGAAAUUGAUGAUUCAACACAACAAUUAAAUGAUCCAACUGGGGAUGUUAUUGAAAUUGAUGAUGGUGAAGAAAAUGAUGAAGAUGAAACUAUAAUAGCAACAGAAACAGAUGAUGAUGAUGAUGAUGACUUAGAUGUAGAUAGUGAAUAG